AUGCAGACGACGCCAGAAGAAGCGAAUGGCGAGGCUCAACCCCAUCCGCCCGGCACUCCACCCCGCCCGCCUUAUUCCCCAGUGACCCCAGUGUUCGCCAAACUUGAGCCUCUCCCUGCCGGGGAGACGAAGAUCCUACCUCCACCCUUAUCGCCAGAACCCCGUAGCACCAAUACCGCAAACAUUCCACCCUACCGUCCCCCGCCACCUCCAGCCAACCCCCCAGUCUUCAAACCCGAGCCGCCACCAGUUCCUAUCUCGGAAAGUGAGAAUCCCGAUGCGAUUGCACUGCGUUCCGCAAUCUCAAUUUUGCAGAUGCAAAAGCAACAAAGCCUUCGCGAUAUCAAUACCCUUGAGCGACUGAAAGAGGCAGCUGGCGCAAACCCCGAGGCAUUUGCCCGUGAUUUGGCAGAUGGGCGCUUGCGCACUGAAGAAGACCAUGGCACUGUGAUCCAAUUCUCAGACAACAGGGCAAUGGAUGCCGGGGAAGAUGCCGACGAUAAUGAAAAGGCUGAUGGAACGUCAUCCUUCGGCCGGAUACCAAAGCCCCAGAACAUUGUGCGCAUGCCUCCCAUCAAUUGGGCCAAGUAUCAAAUUGUUGGAGAACCACUUGAUCGCAUGCAUGAAGAGCAACUGCAUCGACCCAGCCCUGGCGCUCCACGACGAGAGCCAGCCCCUGAGCAUGUCUUAGCCUCCCCGUAUCGUCCCUUGGUGGACCGAAUUGAAACACCUACACGGCUGGCCCGACCUAGCAAAAGCAAAAAGUAA